AUGCGGGGAGUUCAGAUUUUUUCCGGGACAUCUCAUCCCUUGCUCGCUGAAACCAUCUGCGAACGCCUAGGCACCCAGCCUGCCCGGGCCAACCUUGGGAAGUUCGCCAAUGGCGAGACCAGUGUCAACAUUGGUGUUUCGGUUCGGAACCAAGAUGUCUACAUCGUCCAGAGCGGUAGUGGGAAGAUCAAUGACAGCGUAAUGGAGCUGCUGAUCAUGAUCUCUGCUUGCAAGGGUGGUUCCGCCAAAUCUAUCACAGGUGCGUCUCCGGUCUCCGCGAUCAAAAUUCCACCACUCAUUGAUCCUGUUUUGGCUGACCUCAUGCUUGCCUAUAGCGGUCAUGCCGUAUGA